AAUGGGUUUGAGAUAAUUGGAUUUUUUUAGAAAAUUAAAUACUGAUAUUGGUGAUACUUCAUCAUCUUUAGGAGGAUUCUUAACCAUGAUAGCAUUUGCAGUAAGCUUUUAAUAUAUUUCUUGAUAGUUGGUUACUAUUUUAACAAUGAAUGAAUGUAGAUUAUUCUUUAGCACAGAAUUAAACUAUUAAACUGUGAUUGACAAUGACACUGAAUAAUUUAUCAAAGUUUAUUUAGAUAUGAUUGUUGGAGCUCCAUGUAUGGUGUUGUCAUUGGAUUAAUAAGAUGAAGUAGGAGUACACGUAAUGGAUGUUUCUGGUACAUUGAAAAAGAUUUCUCUUGAUAAAGAUAGACAUGUGUUGCCCUCAGUAAUUAAACAAUAAUAUUCAUAUAAAGAUUGAUAAUAAUGAAAGACCUAAUUAUAGAGGAAGUGAAUAAGAAUUAAUAGAUGCAAUUGAAGCAAUCAAUCAAGGUGACUAAUGUUAAUUGAAGGGAUUUUUCUAAGUAAAUAAAGUCCCAGGUAAUUUCCAUGUGAGUUAUCAUGCACAUCAUCAUUUAAUAUAAAGAAUUCAUCAAAGAGAUUUGUAAACUUAUAGAAAACUUAAAUUGGAUCAUUCAAUAUAUGAAUUAAGAUUUGGAGAGAUCUCUACCUCUUCUAAAAUGAAGAAAUAUCCUAAAUCUUUAUAAAAAUUUUAAUCUUCAUGGAAUUCAAUAGCUAAAUAAGCUCCUGAAGGAGAAAAAUAAGAUUAUGAAUAUUAUAUUAAUGCAUUGCCAGUUAGAUUUUAUGAUGAGAAUGAACGAAAUUAUCAAACUCUUUAUAAAUAUUCCAUAAAUGAAGCAUAAAUGACAAGAACAUUUACAGAAAUAGAUUCAAUCUAUUUUAAAUAUCAAAUUAGUCCAGUUAAUAUGGUCUAUUCAAUUUAAAAGAAAUCUGUAUAUCAUUUUAUUGUUCAACUAUUGGCUAUUGUAGGUGGAGUAUUUGCAGUUAUAGGAAUCCUCAAUUCAAUUAUAUAAAAAGCAAUUUGA